AUGAAGGUGAAAGCGGAGUUCUUGAAGGUUCUUCAGAAAGUAGAUUUGAAGCGGCCACUGAUGAUCCCACCAGCAUUUCUCAAACACCUCGAAGAAGAAUCAUCUGAAGUAGUGAUUUUAGAAGGUCCUAGUGGUGGUCUGUGGAAUAUCAAAUUAAACAGAAUAUAUGAUGGCAUGUAUCUUGAACAUGGUUGGGAAACUUUCUUAACAGACCACUCCUUAAGCGCUGGAGAUCUCUUGGUUUUCUCAUACAAGGGUCAUUUGCAUUUCACUGUAACAAUAUUUGAUAGAAGGGCAUGUUGGCGUGAGGAUUCAUUUACUGUGAAACCUUCACAAGAAUCGAGCAACACCCAUGAAGUAAAGAGGCGUGGUAGGCCACCCGAGACCUUGGAAAGAGCAAAACAUGGUGAAAACCGCAAAGCUCUUAUUGAUAUCAAUCCCCCAUCUCAACCUUCCGAGACACAUCAGACAAGAGGUUUGCCUAAACAAAAGCAGCCUGAUCAAUUGCCUUCAUCUAAAGGAAAAAGAGUUAGGGUAUCAAAGCCUAUUGAAGUGAAUCAAAUUGCAAGGAGACCAGCAAAAGAAGCAGUUGCCGAAUUCACCUCCAGGCUACCCUUUUUUGUGAUCGAGUUACAAACUCACAAUGUGAACAGGCCAUUUUAUGUGAAUGUACCAUCUUGGUUUUCAAGGUCCUAUCUUCCCAAAAAAGAAACAAAGAUAGUCCUGCAAGAUGCCAAGGAGAACAGUUGGAUUGUCAACCAUCGCAAGUUCACAUCAAGAGAUACUUUAUAUGGAGGCUGGGCUAAAUUCUGCCAGGAGAACAACCUCAAGAAAGGAGAUUAUUGUGUUUUUGAGCUUGUGGGUGAGCUUCAACUGCGAGUGUAUAUUUUUCCAGUUCACUGAAGAAGCAACAAUAACUUAUAUAUUUCUCAUCGUUGUCGUA